ACCAGGUCGCAGACCUGCCGAUUAUGAUAGAGAUAUUGAUUCAAAACUGUAAUGGAAUAUGGGGUACAGAUAAAAUUACAGGUGAACCAUACGAAAAAGAGCUUUGUGAAAGAACAAAUCCACGUGGUCUUGUAUACAUAGGAGAUUCAGUCGGUGCUCGUUUACAUGUUCCUUUGCAAUGGUUUACUGCUAGAGAAUUUUUAAAAAAAUAUUUUACACAUCUUGAAUUCAUUCUUGGAAAUGAACUUGACUGGCCUGAAACAUCAUUUGCAACAGGUUAUAAGAAUUUCUCUUGGCCUACACUUCAAGGAUAUACAGAUUCUUUGUAUUUUAGAUUAAGGGAACACAAUUUAUGUAAUCAUAGAGAUUAUCAAAAUUUGGCUGUUAAUGGUAUUGUUUCAUAUAUAUUCAUAUUACAGUAG